UCAACAUGGUUGAUUGCGGUAGCGCACAGUGCGCUCAGGAAAGGCGAACAUUUCGAAAUGAACUUUUAUCGUGGAGCAAAAAAAUACCAAUGACAGUUGCCUUAGAAACGAUUGCCGAAGAACUAGGUGCAAAAGAUGUGAUGAAAGAUGUUUUUGAACCACUUAAUUGCUUGGAACCGGAAGAGUUAACAGACUGGGAGCCACAGAAGGAAUGUUUCUACUGCAGUGCCAGAUUAACCCUCUUGUUUGACAUUGUUGAUCAGAUGACAGAAGAUGUUAAGAAUGGAAAAUCGGACGUUGACUACCCUGGCCUUCGAAAUUUGCAUGAACUGUUGCCUUAUUGCCCUCAGUUUUACACACACGGAUUUGGCCGCGAGUGUCUUGAAUCAAACAAUGUUGCAAAGAGUGCACAGACCACCACGACUCCCUCCAGUACAGAGGAUGGGGGGAUGUCUGUUCCAUCCACCAGCAAAGGUCAUAUUGAGCUCAAAAUUCCUCGAAUUCUUAUGUUAGCCGGAAGAAAAAAAGAGAGUAUGAAUGGCAAAAAAGCAUACACUAAUGACGACCUUUCACAAGCGGUUACUGAAAUUCGUGACGGAAAGUUGGGAACAAGAAGAGCUGCCAUGCUUUAUGGGAUUCCAAGAUCAACACUUCGAAAUAAAAUUUUCAAGAUGGUGUCUGAAGAGAAUUUGCAAAUGGAUUUGGAUGAUUCAAGCUCAGCUGAUGAAGUCAUCCCGGAUAAUGGCAUGAAAUUGUCAGACUUGAUGCAGACCAGCUCAUUCACCUAUCUGCCACCACUACCAUUCCCACUUCCUAUCAAGAAAGAACCCGAUACAGAGAAUUUCGAUGGGGAAUUUGACCGCAAGAUGGAACUUUUACGACGCAAGCAUAAUUUGAAUGGUGCAAGAGAUAACUUGCGUACCCCUGCUCACUCACCCGAACUGAAGUUGCCUUUGCUGGGAGAUUUGAUUCGUAAAAUGGUUCAACAGCGACUGGAAAUGGAAUGCCACAGUGCCUCGGUUACAUCACUUUCUGAAACUAAACUAGUGCUUAAAAGGGAGAUAGAUGAUGCCAUGUGUAGCAUGAAUCCAUUUGCAUCUUUUAGUCCAUGCUAUGGUCUUGGCAUGACAACCGCUAACUUGUCUGAUCUUCGCAUUCCGUCCUACAAGCCUGGGAAUAGUUCAUCAAAAGGACCAAAUGCUCAAAAUACGGUUGAACUACUGGAGGGGAAAUGUUAUGAGAAUAGUAAAAUAGGUGACGCCCUGAAAGACAUUAUUGUGAGAUCGAUAUCUGAGAAGUUAAAGUUUCAUGACCAGUCUAACGACGACAGUUCAGGAACUCUGACACCGGACGAAUACUGUCCGAGAGGAUCCUUUACCAUGGAUUCCUCCCAACAGUCGGUCUCCCCUCCAAACUCCAUCCCUGUCUCUUCGUCUCAUUUAAUCGGUUCUUCUGGUCAUAAUCCGAAACGCUAUCGAAAGGAUUCUGUUCGAGACAAGCACAGUAUGUCAGGUUCAUCAGGGAUUAAGAAAACGCGACCGAAGCGGGGCCAGUACCGGAAGUACAACAGUCAGCUGUUGAUGGAGGCAGUGAGAGCAGUACAACGAGGAGAGAUGAGCGUGCACCGAGCGGGAAGCUACUUCGGCGUGCCGCACUCGACACUGGAGUACAAAGUCAAGGAGAGGCACCUCCUCAGACAGAAGAAGGUCCGAGAAAGUCAGAUGCAGAAAGAGGCCGGGUCGAGCGUGGAAACCAAUUCAAACACUAGCGCAUCCUCGCCACCACCAUCGACACAGGUGACGUCGGAAAGUUUGCAGAUAAGUCCCCUCGGCUUCACUUCUCCCAAACAGAGCACGUCCAGUGGGUUGCCAUGGUUGCAGCCAUUUGUAAACGGAAGUACAGCGUUUGAUCCAACGAUGGGGCUGUUCCCAUCGGGCUUUUCUUUGAAUACACCAGCAUCAGAGUUGCUAAGAAAGCUGCAGCACAAGGUUCAGAGCAAGUCAAGUAGCUUUACACAAGAUGAUGCCUUCAACUUUCCACGGCCAAACGGUGUUGGUUCGCUCCAAGAGAGAUUCCUGCUCUUCAACUGAUCAAAAUGUGUACAUGUGGUGGUAUAUAGUGUUUUCGUAUAUGUUUGUUGAAUAUUUUAAUAUUUUAGUAUUUAAGUAUGAAAUUUUAUCUAUACUCUAGUGAUGAUGGCAGCAUUCAUUUUUGGUAAACUGAAAAAAAUUUCAAGUCUGAAUACUACAUGUAUAUUGUAUUUUACACUGUGAUCUUUUACACUGCAAUUGUGGCUUGUGUUUUCUGGGGGGGGGGGGGUGUCUUUUCUGUGACAAUAUGUAUCGUGAUUAUUACUGUCUGACAGUAAAUAUUGUGGUGCAUAAUGAUAACUGAUAACAGAUUACUGAUUAGUUGUUGACGUUAAAACUGUGUAAUUCAGUAACUGGAAGUCAUAUCACAUGAUUGUUACCUUGGUAACUGAUUGUUCGAUUACUUGAACUGUAUUUUCAUAACAUAUGUAUUGACUGUAUUAACACAAGUAUACUGUGGCUCUGUUACUACACUAACAUUCCAGAUGUCUUUUAAACAAAAAUAUUUUGAAUUGGAAUAGUAUUUUUAAUUUUACUUAUGAUUAGUUGCACAUUAAGUAUUUUUAAAAAAAAAACUUUCUUCGAAAACAUGAAUAAGAUUCUCUUAAUCUUAGAACACAAUGGUUCACCACUUGACUCUUAGGUGCAUGAAAGUAAAGUCGUGUCACCAGUGUGCAAACAGAACAGUUGUUCCCUGGAUUAAUCAACUAGCAAAGAGCAAAAAUGUUUUGUUAGCUGAUGAGGUAUCUAAUGACAUGCACCUCUUUGACACUAAAAUUAAAAAUGAAGCUGGUUCUAUAUAUAUCAUCAGAUCCUUAAGAGCUAAAUCCUUAAAAAUAUAAACUGAAUUUGUCUGCAUAUUUCCAGUCGAAUUCACCCAAUUAUUAAUAUUUUCCUGCAACUUGAUUUUUUUAAGGUUGCCAAAUGAAAUGUUUCAUAAUAAUAGCAUUUUUUCCCCUCACCUUACAAAGAAAAAAGAUGAGUAUUACUUUUCUGCUGGAAGUGAUGGCAUCAACCUUUGUGUUUAGCUAACAUUAAAGUUUCACCUUUAGCUCUAUUUUUCACUGUAUAUUCUACGUUAAUGAAACUUGUGAAAAACGUUAAAAAAAUUCAGUAAAUUACCAGUAAAAUUUCAGUUGAAUUUUUUUUUUGGAAUUUCGUUUUAUUUUAACAUGCUUGGAGAUGAAGAUCUAUGGAUGCGGUUCUCAGCAAUAUUGCAUAAUUUUAAUAAAGACAUUUUAAUUCACAGAAUUCUUCUUUGAAAAAAGUAAAAAAAACUAAACAAAUUACACAUUUUACAAAAAAUUUCACUAAUGGCUCAUUGUUUGUCCUUAUUUAGACAGCAGGUGUCCCCAAAUCAUUCAUUAUUAGCCUCUAGUGCUGCUAUUAUCUCAAUUAUUAGUGCUCUGCCACCAAUGCCUUACGUUUAGUAGAUCUAUGAUCAACAGUUAGUUUUUAUAAGCAUGUCAGUAUUUUCUAAAUGUCCGAUGAAGACCAUUUAAUCAAGAACAUAUUUCAGUUUUUUUGUUUGUUAGCUUUGUUUUUGUUUAGUGUAAUAAUUGUCAGCAAGAUUAAUAGAAAUAUUUAAUGCCUAUUUACUGUGUUCCAACUAUUAUCAGAGAUGAUAAUAGUGGUGAUAUGUCCAUGCUUAUGUCCAUUUAAAAGUUUCAAGCAUGCUGGUCUGGGCUGGUUACAACGAGAAGUUAAUACCAUAAUACCACCUGUCACCACAUAGGCUAUUCUUAACAGCAGCAUGAUGUUUUUUAUGUGCACUUUAACUCAAAGGUUAUUACUACAGAAUUAUUUUAUUAGCCUUAAUAGACUCGCCCAAUAAAAGGUUCAGAUGGAACCCAGAUCAAUGUUGCUAAGAGGUUUUUUUUUGUUCAGAUUUACCUCAUAAACUAUUAUCUGCUCGAGUGUUGGGUUUUUUUUGGGGGGGGGGGGGGGGAGGCAGGUUUGUCGUCUUGUCAUUGUAUAUUAAUUUCCGACUAGUGUACAAGUCAUAUACCCGUCCUUUAUUGUUCUGUAAAUAGUCAUUGGAGAUUGAGGUUUAACUAGAUAAAACUGAUUGUUACCUGUAUGGAUUAUAUUUUAAUUAUAUAUCACUUGUUAAUGUUGUGCUGUGUGACUGUUCAUUUUAUUGUUACUAGAGUUGAUCAAGUCAUUGAAUGAUUCACAUAAAAGAUGAUGAUGAUGAUGAUAAUUUCAGUUAAAAUACUUUGUCCUCUUACAUUAUGGUGUGAUAUUUCUGUCUAAAGUUUAUAGUUUCUUGUAUGAAACAGUACUUUCUGGGUUUUUUGUAUGAAACAGUAAUUUUGGUUUCUUGUAUAAAACAGUAAUUUUGGUUUCUUGCAUGAAAUAGUAAUUUUCAGAAUGUUGCAUUUCAAAAAAAAUUUAAUCUUUAUCUGGAGAUGAGUGGAAGUUGUUCAUCAUCGGUACAAGUGUUCUGAAAUCAUACAGCUUGAUAAUGCACUGGGAUUGUGAUUACAAAACCCCAGAAUCAUCAGUAUGUUGGUGUUUGUCAAAUGAUCACAUCAAAGCCCUAUCAAGUUUCUAAACACAAAAAGACAACCCAGUCAAGAACACACCUGAUAAAUAGAAAUGAAUAUUUUGGGCAAGAAACUGUAACAUUUAACCAGAAAUACUGUGCAUUAUUUUGGGGGACUUUUACAGAAGGUGACAUUAAGUACAUUUUAUAUACAAUAGACUGGUCACUUCCAACCUACAUGUAUGUUACAUUGAUUCAUUUUAGUAUUUGACAUUUAUUCUCAUUUUAGUUUUUGGUAUUUUGCAAAACAUGGUUUAACUAGUGCAAAAAAUAUUAAGCAUUUGUGAAAAAUGUUUCUCCUAUUUAUUUUGUUUAAAUCUGGGUUUUUUGUUUAAUGAAACAUAUCAGUUAUACAUUUUUGUUAUGUUUUAACGUUCAUUUAACAGUUAACAGUUUUCUGUUUUCAGUGUUAAUUUAUUUACUGUCUCUUAAAUGUUUUGAUUGGCACACAGAUAAAGCAUCAUUUAAUUGUUAUGGCAUAAUUCUGGCUGCCUUGUUGGGGUUUGUGUUUUAUCAAUGAUACCGUUUAUUCUUUUUCAACAUUUAAACACGUAGCAGUUUGUAAACUAAACCAAAUUAUCAAGUUUCAUCUUUGCAUCUCAUUCAUAUUGUGCAUGUAUUUUGGCUAAUUAAAUAUAAAUGGAAGAAUUCUUCAAGGUAUUUAACUUGGUGACUGAAUGGGUAUUAUAUUGGUACAUUCUUCAUCUGUCUUGGACACACUUUUUUAGACAUAGCCAAUGCUAUUUCUUGUUCAGGUGACCUUUCAUUGCAAAUAGUCAUUCUGAAUGCAUAACCAGCUGUAAGAUUCAAUUGGUCUAGGAAAGAAAUAUUUUGCUGAAUGACACAUAAAUACAUUUUACAUUAAGGCUGUUUGGUGUUUACCAUUUGGUUAUUUUGAGACUUGAUUUUAAGAAUUAGAGAGGAAACCUGCUUCCACCACAUAUGAUAUUCCUGUUGAAAAGCAUUAAGGGGUAUUUUCUAUGCACUUUUCCAUAGAUGGGAUGGGAGUGUGGAGGAGAGAGAGAAGCCCAAGUUGAUCAAUGGUGAUUGAUUCUACAAUCAAUCACAGGUGAACACUCGACCACUGAGCUACAUUUCACAUAUUGAUGGGUCAAAUGCAGGGUCAUCUGGACAUUCGAUAGCAUUACAUUAGUUGGAUCUAGUAACAGGCCAGUCACAUCUGAUUUCCAUUGAAUUGAGAAAAUCGUAAUCUUAAUCAUGCAUCAAAGUAAGUCAAACUGUUGUUCAGGUUACUAGGAAGUUAUCUGCACUACCACUUCUCUUGGUGGUGUUUUGUUUUUGCUUUAAAUGUUAAUUUCUGCACAUUCCAAGUGUGUCUAGUCACUCUAAAGUUCAAAUAGUUAAGUUUAUUUUUAUUUUUAAGUAACUCUUUCAUUGUACAGCAAAACAACAUUUCUUUAAUUUUGCUGUAGUUGGCAACUUAUUGCAUAAUAAUGAGUUUACUGUUUGAGAGUGAACAAAGUGGCUUGUAUGUUUUCUGUAUUUUGUAAGUUGCUUUGUCCAAUGCAUUAUUUAAUCUCAAAUGCUUUUUGAAGAGUACUGGGUUUGGAUUUUGGCUUAGGUAGAUCUUUUAAGGGAUCUCCAUUGAUUUACCCAUGGCAGGCAUGCUUGAAUCUUUAGUAAGUAUGUGUUGAUUGAUUGAUUGAUUGGCUUGGAUUAAAAUAAUGUGAAAGAAAGAUUUUUGAUGUAGUCUGACAGUGGCGUAGCUUGGGUUGCCAGUGCCCAGGGCAAGGCGAGUAUUGCGCCCCGUAACCAGUGGAUUAUUAGCACUCCCCGAGUCCCUUCCACUAGUCCAGAGUUUUUGUGCCCAGGGCAAUGGCUCUGAUGGCCCCAACCACGCUACGCCCCUCGUUCUAGUCAAAUCAUUGAGGAUAUAGUUACUAUUGUAAUAAAGUAUGUAUACGUUUUAGUAUACCAAACUAUCACGUUUCAUCAUGUAUCCUAUUCUAAUUGCACUUGAAUUACAGUAAAGGUCUUUGAGUAUACACUUUUACAUGUCUUAUUAUUUUACAUUCUUAGUGUGUAUCAGCUUAAACUUUUACCUCUACUUGUUGUGUUUAUUGUCAACAGUUUUUCAGUCUGAUUCUUUAAUUAACACUGUAAUCACGUGCAAAAGCAUGUGAGUUAUGGUGCAAAUUAUAAAAAAAAGAAAAAGUUUUUUUUUUGUUGAUUCAUUUAUAUACUGUAAAAGUUUUGUCUGACACCCAGUAGCCAAUUUUCCUUUGUGCUGAAGUCACUGUGUGGCACUAUUACUGGAUAUUGGUACUGUCACAGCAAAACAUCUUGCUAAAUACAUGUAUCUAGCUACCACAGUUGGCAGUAAUAUAACUGUUUUAACAUAUAACCUAAAGAUAUAACUGAUAAUUUAGCAAUUAUUCAAGCAAACAAAUAUGCCAGCAUUUAAUUAUGAGUAAACGUCAUUUGAAAAUAACUGGUAUAGAAGUUUGCUGUACAGUCGCAAAUUAAAUGUUUUUUAGUGAAAGAAAUUCAUUAAAUGAAAUAUGUCCUAUAAUGUUAAAGUUAUCUAAGAACAUUAAGAUAUCUAAGAAUCUUGGCUAUAUGUUCAACAAAACAAUGAUAAAAUGGCAGCAAAUUUCAGAGUAUGCAUAUAUCUCAAGUUUUAUUGAAGAACAAUUAAAAAAAUUCUUUAAUAUAGUGAGUCAGGUUAGGUCUUUAUUAGUGUUAUAAAUCAAUUGUUAAUAAAACAUUUGUUUACAGACUUAUAUAUAUUUUUUAAUUCUGUUCUUAAGAAGUAAAGAAAAUAUGUCAGUGAAUCAGGCCAUUGUUUCUUUAGUACAAUAGAUUCUGUGGUAUUAUGAUUUUAAAAUUCUGCUCAUUUGUUUUUACAUUUAGCAGAAAUGGUAUUGAUGUAAUUUAUGGUGAAUUUUUUUUACAUAUUUUGUCAGUGGUGUGCAUGGUUUAAUAUUUAGUGCUUAUGGAAAAUGUACUCAAUUUGCUCGUACAUGUGUUGUUGGUGUUCAAAUAAUAUAUUAUUAAAUUAAUACUGAUGGUGUACAGAAAGAACUGUUGUUACUAAUAUUGGUGAAAAUCCUGUAUAAUGUUUUAAAAGGAUUAAAAAUUUGAAUUACAAUUCAAAUUUUGUACCACACUGGAUCAGGUGCCAUAUUUUCUAUAGGAAGUGCCUUCAUGAUGAUGAAUUCAUUGGCUGGGGCCAUUGUGAAAUGUUAUGAAAAAGAUUGUACUCAGACUCCAUGUUUGUUUCAUAAGUACUUUUUUCCCAUUUCCUUUAAAGUUCUUGUAAUUUGUUAUAUUUAUAAUUAGGUUUCUGUAGAGAAGGAACAGUGGAUAUUUCAUAAACAGCAAACAAAAUAAAUAUUUCAUAAACAGCAAACAAAAUGAAUAUUUCACAAAUAGUUUCUCUUUUUUUUUUCAAGUGCUUUGUAUUCUUUAUAUCAUAUAUAUACUGAUGGGGAAAGAUAAGGGAUCAUAUAUUAAACUGUAAUACAUGUACUUGACUGCAACUAAAACCCUCAUCCAUAGCUUCAGAAAAUGAACCUUUUUAUGUAUGUGCUGAAAUGACUUAAUGAAUUGGGACUUUUUAUGACGUUACAGUAAUAUGGGUGCACAGCGUGCCAUCACGUCCACCCCAUAAUUAAAUUGACAGUGUACUGCGCGCUGUCAUACUAUGUAAGGGUUAACAAUGCUAUUGACAUACAAUCCCACAUUACGUCUUUGAUUGUUAUACAGACCCUACUGUGUGAUUAAUAAAUUAAAUCUGAGCCCUACUACUAAGAGUUCCCUUGUUUCUUUCUAUCAGUGUAGAUGUCUGAUAAAAGUAUACAUAGAGGAUUCGUCAUGAGUAUUUUUUAAUAUGGAAAAAUAUCAACAAAGUCUGUUAAUCG